UUGGCGAAAUGAUUUCCACUUGGCGCUUUGUGUUUGGCUUGGUCUUGGGACUCGGGACGCUUGGGCUGCUUGUGAGCUGCCAGAAGGACCUGGAGCUGGACUACUCCGAUGAAUAUGACAGUGUGCGUCCGAUGCUCAUCUACCCGGACGAGCCGAGGCUAGAGAAUCGUUUGGCGGCAGCGGCCCAGGAGUUUGGCGAGAGCAUUCGCAAUGCCUGGCAGUCCAUGGCCGACUCCUUUCACAACUACUUCGAGGAGCUGCGCACUGUCUUCGCCGAUGGCGUCGACGACAAUAUCGAGACGUUCCCGGAGAGCAACUGAACGCCGACUUUUGCAAAUGAAUC